UAUGCUUUUAUAGUCUUUGCCCUGUGCGCGCGCGUAGUGCGCAGUCGUGCCGUGGAGGUCAAUUUACUCGGAUAAUGCUUUAAUACAUUGUCUCUUUUAAGUAAACCGAGGAUUUCAGCGGAGGCACGCAGACUUGAUAAAUGAACUGGGAGUGGAGUGACAUUUAUUCCCAUCCGUUAUGGGUGGUUUCAACGGCGAUCCUGGCCAUAAUUGUGCGCGCGCAGCGGAAAGCAUUGUGGAACCCGCGCGCUUGUCCCGUGAAGUUAAACGGAAAAACUGCGAUCGUCACUGGAGCUAACACGGGUAUUGGGAAGUUCAUUGCCCUGGACUUUGCUCGUCGUGGGGCACGGGUGAUCCUGGCGUGCCGGAGCGAGGCUCGUGGGACUGCAGCGCUGCAAGACAUCAAAGAAAGUACUGGGAACCAGAACGUACAUCUGCGUCUGCUUGACACCUCGUCGCUCGACUCUGUCCGGAAGUUUGCGGCACGGAUCUUGGAGGAAGAGAAGGAAUUCCAUAUCCUAGUCAAUAACGCAGGGGCCUCAGGCCUGCCCAGUAAGAUCACUGCAGAUGGGUUGGAAAUCACUUUUGCAACCAAUCACGUUGGCCCAUUUCUGCUCACCAGUUUGCUUUUAGACCUUUUGAAGAAAUCAGCUCCAGCUCGCAUUGUAAAUGUUUCGUCUAUGAACCACUGGAGGGGUGAGGUAAACUUUGAUCAUUUCCGUGGUCACAAUCUAAAUCAUGUGAUGGAUGCUACGUAUAACCACACCAAGCUGCACAACGUCAUCUGGACAAACGAGUUGGCACGCAGGCUUCAGGGCACAGGAGUGACAGCAAACUCUCUGCAUCCGGGUGUAGUUAUGACCGAUGUAAUGAGAAACUACAACUUAAUUAUCCGAUUCCUCUUCAACUUGGUCGGCUUUUUCUUCUUCAAAACUGCUGAAGAAGGGUCUUUCAGUCCAAUAUACUGUGCAGUGUCUGAGGAAGCAGAAGGAAUAAGUGGAAAAUACUUCGACAGUGACUGUUCCCUGGUCUUACCAGCACCUCCUACCAGAGAUCCUGCUCUUGGAGUGAAGGAAUAUGAGUUUUGUGAGAGACUGACUGCUAAACCUUAAAGGGACAGUUCAAAAAAUCUAUCAUGAUUUAUUCACCCUCAUUCAAAUCUGUGUGGUUUAUAUCUUAUGUCUAUUUCUUUGCGGAUCUCAAAACAGACCAAGGCCGAAUCCCAAUUCUAUUUUAUACCCCUUCACCUUGUCCCUUGAAACAGAGUGUCAAGGGGUAGGGUUGAAAAUAUUCCCCUAAGAAUUGGGACACCACUACUAUACCGUUACACAUCAUCAUACGUCGUCUAGCUCCUAAAAUACACACACCUAUACUGGUGUGCUCGUGGGCAUUAGAUCCUAUAUUAACGUGCUGCUUACUGACACACACACACACUGGAGAUCGUGCAGCUCUCACAUCCAGGAGCAAAGAAACUUGUCAAUGCUGCCCCACGACUUUUAUUAAUAACAGUUUAAAUACUGAAUCACUACAUUAUAUUUGCAACGAGAGGAUAAAAUCACUGUUUUUGAAGUAAACUCACUCAUUGUAAAGAUAGACACGCAACUUUCAUCUCUCUCUCUCUCUCGCUCGAAUUUGCAAAAUUUGAGAAAAGGGUUUAGCGAUUUCUAACUAUUGGGGGGAGUAGACCCCCUCAAUGUCUAUGGUGGUUAUCGCCCUGAUCAAACAUGAAAAUAUGUUGUGGCACUGUUGUGCAGUCAGUAACGUUAAUGGUUUAAUGUUUGCAAACCUUAGCGAUUUGUUUUUUUUGCAAACAUUUCUUUGAAUAACAUGACCGUAAUUUUAACACAUGAUUGAAAAUAACAUAACAAAUGAUUACUUUUCAUUAAAAUCUUUAUUAAUGUCAACAAUGCUUACAUGCUUAGGCUAUGUGACUUUUUGUUCAGCCAUGUUACCGCUGUAGCUGGUUUAUGCGGAGAUAAUUCAUACCCCUUCAUUUAAAGUGUGGUCCUGAAAAAUCUUCGUUUGAAGGGCUAUCUGGCCCUUCCCCUUACCCCUACCCCUCCAACCAAAAGAGAAUCGAGAAAGGGGAAGGGCUAAGGGGUAGAAAUGGGAUUGGGCCCAAACUUGCCACAUAAGCUGUCCAUAUGUGCUACAUUCCAAGUCUUUUGAAGCUUUAUGUGAGAAACCGACUUAAAUGUAUUUUUGUCCAAUACUAAUUGUUUCAUAAGCUCACUAAAUCAGACACUGCUCUUACUGAUUGUUGUAAUGUUAAUCUUACAGAGCAGAAAAUGUUGUUCAAAACCUCUUUGAAUGAAGAACAUAUAAAGACUCAUUCUGUCAUUAUGGUUGUCUCUCAACAGCUUUUACAGGGAGCUGUUCUUUCCGUUGUAAUACUUUUGAUGUUACCUUCUGCAAUGUGGUAGUUAAUUCUCUCAAACUUAUCCAAUAAGGCAAAGAAUGAAGGCUGUUGAAGACAAACUCUUAAAAUGUAAUGUGAAUUCCUGCUUUUCCACUGUAGACACAUCUAAAGGUUUUAACAGAUGUUCUCUAUUUUGCUAUAAAGAGUUUUCAGAUUGAGAAUUGUAUUUUGUUAUUUUGCAUAGCUAUAUAUGUUCUGUUUUUCUUUUCUUUCUUUUUUUUUCUUGACUAUGUUAUUGUUUUGGUUUAUUUGUUGGGGUAUUAUUAUUAUUAUGGUAAUAUUGUGUUAGGUCAUGUGACCUUUGAUCACCUGGAGGUAUAAAGAGAGGCAUAUCAGUGUUGUUCAUUUGUCUGAUGAAGAGCCUGCAUGCUCGAAACAUAACACACUAUGCAAAUUUUUUUAAAUACAUUUCUUUGAUACUUUUGGAGCUUUGGUGUUGCCGACUUUGCAUUUCUAAUAUGCUUCUACUUGUUUUUUAGUCGAGCACCCAUUUGAGAUCGAUGUGCGUGCUGUUGCUUACUCUUUGCUAUAAAGAGUUUUGCAAUAAAAUAUUGGCUAAAGCUUCCAUAAUUAAAAAAAGUAGGGUAAAUGCACCUAUUAAGCUCACGUACCCAUUAAGCACACUUCCAUUUUUGAGAUCAGAUUAUAAAAAGAAAAAAUAAUUUAUUAUCCAACUUGAUGUCUUAACCAAUUGAUAUGUUUGUUACUAUAUACCUCCUAUAAUUUCAAGUCAAUCAAAUCAUUGCACUCUGAGAUAUGAGUCCAUGUGUUCACACUGCCUGGCGGCCAAAAGAGGAGCCCCAUUAAUGUGUUUUUUAGAUGUUUAAGCCUUUAUUUUGGAUAAGUUUCACUACUUAUUGUUAAAUUAAGAGAUUAAUGUUCAGACUUUUGCAUAACCUGGAACUUGGAUGUGAGAAAUAAUUACAUUAGAUCCAAAAGAUAGUUUUAGCAACACAGCGCAGAUGCUACAGAACACAGUUAGUUGACUAGCUGUAUAAGAUUGUGUGCUGUGCUAAUAUAUUACUUCACAGGCAUUACUGGCUUGUACUUUUACAUCCAUAAUAUUAUGAAUUGACAGUUUAUUGCUAGUCUGUCGUUUUACACUGCUGUAAUUUUUAAAGAUUUCAUAAUUAUUGUAAGGUGAGCUUAAAUCACACAGCUUCAGUGUGACGUCAAUACACUCUCAGAAAUAAAGGUACAAAAGCUGUCACUGGGGCGGUACCUUUUCAAAAGGUACACUUUUGUACCUAUUAGGUUCAAAUAUGUACACUUUAAGUACUAAUAUGUACCUUUAAGGUACCAAAAUGGACCCUUUAGGUACAAACAUGUACCUUUUGAAAAGGUACCGCCCCAGUGACAGAUAUUGUUAAUAAUACUUGUUCAUAUUAAAAUAUGUAUGAACUUAAUACAUGACCUAGACUAUAUAUUUAGCAAACUCCUGUCAUUCUCUUAAAGAGUGAACACUAGUUUCCGUGUUCAUCCCCAUGAAUUAAAUAUUUUAUUGGUUUUUUUUAUCUGAUUUUUGAAUGUGUUACUUAGCUGAACGUGGACUAGAUGUUGCAAUGUGCUUAGAUGACACUUCAUUAUGAAUAUAUAAAUGAUUGAAUUGAA